CUUCGUACUCGUCCGUAGUGGCGCCAGCUUCGGAACACAACCCCCCCCCCCCCCCAGCCACUCGAAUUUACGGUGAGGUGAGGUUGAAACGGAGGAGGGGCCGCUGGUGCCCCUACAGCACACGCAAUGCGAACUGUUGACCCUCCUCUGCUUCUGUCUGACCUGCAGGGCGUUGGAGUUUGUGUGUGGCCUGCCGAGAGCUCACCACCAGUCUGCCCUCGCCAACGGCUCCUCCAUCCAGCCAUUGCGCAACUGAGAAGGGCCUCCACAAGAGAGCGAAACACACAGCCUGUGAUUUUUUUUGAGGCUACUUUUCCGAUCCGGGGGUUUCGCUUCUCUUGUUCUUGUUCACGGAACCCGAGUAGCAUCAUCGUCUAAAGCGUAUCAGUGGUGGCACGACCGCAGCGGGACCUGCUCCCAGCGAUCAGCCUUUGGCCCCAUCGCCAGACAACACACACAUCACCGUGCGGAUAAGUGCUCGACAGUACGUACGCCAUGGGCCUCCUCGAUCCCUUCACAGACGGCCUUUCGGUCGGUCCUGGCGGCUUCUCCCGCCCCGCCUCCCAUCGCCGCCAGUCCUCCCGCUCUCGACACAAGAAGCGCCGCUCGCGCAGUCGCUCGCGCUCGAGCUCUCGCCACCGCGGCGCGACGUCCAUCGCCGGAUCCCUCCUCGGCGGCCUCGGCGACAGCCAUUACAAUAAGCACAAUGCCUCGCGCGGAUCCUUCUUCGGGCUUGGCGACAGCCAUUACAGCAAGCACAACGCCUUGCGAGGCUCCUUCUUUGGGCUCGGCAACUCGAGUCGGUCCAGUUUCUUCGGAUUGGGAGGCCGUUCGUCGUACUACAAGCGCUCCCCUCGACAGGGCUUCAUGCAGCGGGCCUACAAGCGACUGAAGCGCCUGAUCCGUGAUCUCAUACACUACGCCAAGCGCCACCCUUGGAAGGUCUUCUUCCUCGUCAUAAUGCCCCUCGUGACAGGCGGCGCCCUGACCGCCCUGCUCGCCCGCUUCGGGCUGCGCAUGCCGCCGUCCCUCGAGCGUAUGCUUGGCGUGGCCUCGCGUGCCGCCUCUGGUGACGGGUUCGGCCUCGUCAGCGAUGCCGUCCGUAUGGCCGGCGAUUUCGGUUCCGGCGGCGCGCGGGUUGAGCGCGGCCAUGACGGUGGCCUGCAAUGGGAGCGAAGGUCCGUCUACGGACCUGGUCGCCGCGAUGAUGGCUGGGGGGACAGCAUUAGAGGCGUGGCCAAGAUGUUCAUGUAGACACGGCAGCGCGGGACUUGCGCCGCUACAGCUCGACAUGAUAUCAGGCCGGGGUGGUCAUGGGGCUGAAGUUUCGUCCUGUUGAUAUGUCUGUGAUCCCGGAUAGCAUGCUAUAGGAUGCGCAUUUGGCCUGGAUACGACGUGCUUCUGGCAGACACCAAUUUCAUGACUUUACACUUUGGACAUGGAACGAAAUACCAUAUUCCGAGAAGGAUUAUCCGGAAACUAGCUAUCCUCUGUGACCAACAUCGGCCAAAGGGAUUAUCACACGGCUGCAACGGCAGCGACACCAGUACACUAGCAAUAGCGGCCUGCGGCGUGUGCCUCCAAAGGCAGCCCUUGCACCUAUUAUAGUGGACAAAUGGAAAAGGGUCGGUAUGCGGAUAACUCAUCUUGAGCAACAAAGAUAUAGCCCAGGUCACACGACUGUGGUAUACCAUCCAGCUCUUCACUAGUUAUGCCGCCGUUAUUCAUUUGCAAUGCGGCGUUCCUACCGUAGAUGGACAGAAGCGCAC